AUGGGCGACGAAAGCCAUCCCAAAACUCUCUACGUCGGUAAUUUGGACGCAAGUGUUACAGAAGUAUUCAUAUGUACGUUGUUCGGACAAAUAGGCGAAGUAAAAGGCUGUAAGAUAAUCCGCGAACCUGGCAACGAUCCGUAUGCUUUCCUCGAGUUUACAAGUCACACCGCGGCAGCUACAGCUCUGGCCGCCAUGAACAAGCGAGUGGUCCUCGACAAGGAAAUGAAGGUUAACUGGGCUACGAGUCCUGGCAAUCAGCCGAAGACUGAUACCAGCAACCAUCAUCACAUAUUUGUCGGUGAUUUAUCACCAGAGAUAGAAACGCACAUAUUGCGGGAAGCGUUUGCACCUUUUGGUGAAAUUUCGAAUUGUCGGAUAGUUCGCGACCCACAAACGCUCAAAUCUAAAGGAUAUGCUUUUGUUUCAUUCGUCAAAAAGGCCGAUGCGGAGGCCGCUAUUCAGGCAAUGAAUGGUCAAUGGCUAGGUUCUCGGUCCAUACGCACGAACUGGUCGACACGCAAGCCACCUUCAAAGCCUAAUGAAGGCACACCUAGCAGCAAGCGAGCUAAACAGCCCACGUUCGAUGAAGUUUACAACCAGAGCUCUCCUACGAACACAACAGUGUACUGCGGAGGAUUCACUAGCAGUGUAAUUACUGAAGAAUUAAUGCAGAACACAUUCUCACAAUUUGGUCAGAUACAAGACAUCAGAGUGUUCAGGGACAAAGGCUAUGCUUUCAUUAGGUUUACAACUAAAGAAGCGGCAGCACAUGCUAUUGAAGCGACACAUAACACAGAAAUUAGCGGUCACAUAGUCAAAUGUUUCUGGGGUAAAGAAAAUGGAGGCGGUGACAAUCAGAGUACCAACAAUGCGACAGCAGCGCCGCCAGCGAUGGGUGCGCAGACGCAGUACCCUUACCCCUAUCAACAAGGAAUGGGCUACUGGUAUGCUCAGGGUUAUCCGGCGUUACAAGGUUAUAUGGCACCAGGCUAUUACCAGCAAUACGCCGCCGCAUAUAGCAAUCCGCAAGCUGCAGCAGCAGCGGGGUACCGCAUGAGCAUGCCGGGCGGAGGCAACGCGGGCGGUGCGGGGGGGUGGGGCGGGGGCCCCGCGCCGCUGAUGUACGCGUCUCCGAUGCCGUCGGCGCAGUACCCGUCGCAGUAA